AUGACCUCACCCACACCCACAAGCCUCCUCGAGGCCCGCGCCUCCAAAACGACCGAAAUCUACGCGGACCCGCAUAAUCCACACCUGUAUCUGGACCGCGCUCGCGUCUACGAGCAAUUAGGGUUUCCGGAUCUUGCGGCGGCGGAUGCGUAUCGUGCACUUUCGCUGCUGGAAUCGGUGGUGGAUCCGGACGGGUGCGAGUUUCAUGCGAGAAAGGUUGCGCGGCGUGUGGAGGGGGAUGAAGUUGGGAGGAAGCAUGACUGGGACGGGAAUCAGGAUGGAACUGAUACCACGGAUGAGGAUGGAGAAGAUGAAGACGAGGAUGAAGAAGAUGGGGUUCCUAUUACGCAGGGCGAGUACGAGGCUGUUAUAGGAGAGGUCUAUGCGGUUCUGGUUCGCAGUCUCGUCCGAUGUGGCUGCUAUCGCGAUGCUUUUGAAUUCGGUGUGCGCGGAAAGGAACUUCUCGAGGAGAUGGACGCAGCUAAGCGUGAUACAUGCGCCUUGAACAUCCUGAACGGUCAGCUCGAUUCCCUCAAGGGUCUCUACCAAUCACGCACCGGCACCAAAGGCGCAAUCGACCUGGACGCAAUUGACCCUGCCAUUCUACCCGCGCAAGGCUUCGCACGACGCAUUCUCUACCCGUGGAACGAGCACGAGCCUGAUCGCAAGGCUCCCGAGGAACUUGCCUUUUUGAAUGAGCGACUGAAAGAGGUCGCCCCUAAGUGUGAAGUUCGUGCCGUGGCUUUGCCGGCGCUUCACGGUGAUGUUCCGGAUGAGGACGAAGUCUCCGUCCAACUGGGUCUUUUCGCCAAGGAGAACAUCGCCGCGGACGAGAUCAUCCUGCGAGAAACCUCGAUUCUUACCGCGACAAACCGAUUGCACGACGACCUGUGCGAUGCGUGCAAUGCACCCCUGCCUGAUCUAUCCUCGGAGAAUCCCCCCGUCGGCUGUGAGGGUGGCUGUGCCGAUACAGUCUUCUGCAGUCAGAAAUGCCACGAUACCGCGCAGACAGUCUACCACGGAGCAAUUUGCGGCCUAGAAGACGGUCUCGAAUCCAUCGGGAAAGAUAUUCCCGACCCCAAAGAUAAAGCGGAUUAUCUCUAUCUUCUCCUGCUGGGCCGCGCCCUCGCCAUGUCCGCCACACAAGACAUUCACGCCCUCGAUCUCCCCGAAGUGAAAUACAUCUGGGGCGAUUUCCACGACUGGGAAUGGAAACCCAGUCUUCACCACAUGAAGAACGACGACGACCGCAACAGCAACAACAAAGUAGUAGACGAGUCCGCCACCCUCCCAUUCUCCUUCCAACUCAACAUCCUUCAACCCACGCGCUUCCUCGAAGAGAUGGAAAUCAACCCCUAUACAUCCCUAGCUCGAUACGACACCUGGAUCCUCAACACCCUCUACGCCAAAUUCCGCGGCACCGCCUCCGGCCGCCUCUCCACCUGGGACGGCGGGCCCGAACUCUGCGCCGUCCACCCGCUCUGGUGUCUCGCGAAUCACUCGUGCGAUCCCAACGUCAGAUGGGAAUGGGGCGGCGAGAUCACGUUCCGCGCGCGUAAUGACGAAGAGACCGCUGUGUGGGCGCGGACCUUGGAUAACGGGCAGAUUGAGAGUCGGGCCCCCAAGAAGGGAGGGAUCGCAAAGGACGAGGAGAUUUUGAAUCAUUAUUGUGAUAUCGGGUUGGAUGUUCAGGAGAGAAGAGGGUGGGCGCGCGGUGCAUUGGGAGGGAAUUGUCGGUGUGAGAGAUGUAUUUGGGAGGCGUUGGAGGAUUGA